AUGUUGGCUCUCAAAUCCAUGCGAGUACCGUCUCUGGCAACCGAGCACGCGACAACAUUCCAAGAAUUGCCUUCUGAGAUAGUCGAUCUUAUUGCCAACGAACUCUUUGAUGGCGGCUUUGGACUUGCAGAUGGGCUCCUGACGUUUUCGCUCGUGUCUCGACAGUUUCGUCGGUCGGCGCUGCCUUUCUUGUUCAGUAACAUCAGUCACGUCGUUAGGGAUCGUUUGGACCAGCAAGAACAUGGAGCUCUGAGGCGUUUCCUCAACCAUCCUCAUCUCUUGCGUCACGUCAAGGAUCUCCACAUUGCACGACCUGCCGAUAUACGUGGGUUUGUACCAUCGUUGGACGCCGCUAGUGCACAAUGCCUUGCAGAGGAACACAAAGGAGCCGACCUGCAAGUAAUCAAGAAGAGCCUACCGUUGAUGACUCGCCUCCAUCGCAUCAGAAUGGAUUGUUCAGCUGCUAUUGCUCUCGAGAUACUCAAGGUGUUACCGAGUGACCAUUUGUACGAAAUAAUCUUUGACCAUAUCUAUACCUCGUCACAUUGGCCAACCUUAAUUGAGGCGAGUACCGAACUAGCGACAUUCGCCCGGAGGCAUCGCCUCGCCUUAGGGGCCUAUGGACUGUCACCGUCGCAACGCACCACAAAUAGCCAGGCUACGUAUGAUGCGAUAGCUCGGGCAGCCGCAGUAGAUCUACACAUGGCCUGGUUGCUAAAGGACAACCGAAAGGCCCAGGGAUCGGCGCGAGCGACGCACGGGGGCGCUUGUAUACAGGACACGCCUUCCUGGACCGAAUUGCGGCUUCUGAUCAGACGGGCUUGUGGAACAACCACUUACUCCAUACGAGAUCUCGAUUUGACGCUGGUGCCUUGGGCCAACCUUCUCAGGCUGUCCAUUUUGUGGGAGUACGCAAUGCCGAUGAAUCAAUUCAUAUUCGACGUGGCCCCGAAACUGGGAAACCUCGAGGCGCUGCGGCUGCGGGCUGACCACCAAAGACUCUAUCAUCCGGCUUGCAAGUACGACGUCCCGACCACCGGCUUGUUCGCGGAUACGCCGAUCGUGCCCGCCUUCGAGAUCAACUACACACAGAUGGCGCGACUGAGGGAACUCGAGAUCGACGGCAUCUGCAAUCACAUCCCGAUCCGGGCGUUGAUUGGACCGAAACUCCGCUGUCUGCGUCUGCACCGCGAAGACACGCUGUGGUCGGUCUACAGCCCCGAGAGUCAACGGUCGCCCGCGGACAUCAUCGCGGCCACGAAGAUCUGCCCGGGCCUCGAGCGGCUCGAACUGGACAUCGGGUACAUCGAAAACCUGUGGCACCCGACGGCGAUCCCCGGCGUCGACGUGGACGUGGAGCAGUACUCGUUCCUGAACGCCAUCUCCAAGUUCCGGCGCCUGCGGCAUCUCCGCCUGUUCCCUCCCUUCGUGCCGAGGGACUCCCCCCGGUUCAGCCGAAGCGUGCCGCACUGCGUCCCCAUCUCGGACGACCAGGCCAUCCGGGUCUUUGAGCACCUGCGCACCGAGUGCCCGUCGUUGCAGGUCCUGUCCAUCGCCGCCAUCCCGUCCUUCGUCAUGAUCGACACCAUGUGCUGGGUGGCGAGGAGGCGGGGCGAAAAGACCAUCCUGACCACGAAACACCGGGAGAGGAACUACCAGCACCGGCAGGUCUGGGUCGGACAGCGGAGGAUCAGCAGCGAGAUCAAACGAUUCACCGCGCCGCCGAGUUACCUCCCGGACUCGGAGGGGUGGAUGCUGACGCGCAACGAUCUACAUGAUAUCCGUUGAGGUCGUGGCGGUCGUAGCGGCUGUGGUCCUCGUGAUAUUCAUCUGUUGGUACAGG